AUGUUCGUAAUAUGUUACGAAUGGCAAUGCCGUAAUCAUUCUCCUUUACUCAGAUUUAAAAAAGUUGAACCAAUUGACAGACAGAUAAAUGAAGCAUUAAAAAAAGAAAUUAAUGAUAACAGAGAUCGUCUUCGUCCAAUUAUUAAAACCAUUUUAUUUUGCGGAAAUCAAGGAAUUUCGUUAAGAGGGCAUAGAGAUUCGGGAGUUAUUGAUCUAAAUGAACAUGCUAGUACAGAAAAUCAGGGAAAUUUCAGAGAGCUAAUUAAAUUUCGAAUCGAUUCUGGUGACAAUGUGCUUAAAAAUCAUUUAGAAACUACCAAUAAAAAUGCCACCUAUCUAAGUCCAUUGAUCCAAAACGAAAUAAUAUCAGUCUGCAAUAAAUUAAUUCUAGGACAUUUGGUUGCUAAUGUUAAUAAAUCUAAAUCGUUUACCAUUUUGGCUGAUGAAACGACAGAUGUUUCUAACAAAGAACAAAUGACGUUAUGUGUUUGUUAUGUUGACUUAAACGCAAAUAAAAUUAGAGAAGACUUCUUACAAAUUAUCGAAAUUCAAAAUAUGUCAGGAAAAGGAUUAUCUGAUGUUAUAUUGAAAAGUAUGACUGACUUCGGACUAAAUACUAAAUAUUUAACUGGGCAAGGGUACGACGGAGCUGCAGCAAUGAGUCAAUGA